CGAAGCAGGAGACAGUCUGUUACCCUGCUACUUGCUAAAUAUUUACUAAAAGUUGAAGAUUUUGUUUGCAAAACGGACAUAUUGAAAAAGCGUUGUAUUUUUGACGGAUGAAAAGGUUUUACAAGUGGAAAAGAUAUUGCAUUCAUCAAGAAAGUGUCUAGAAUGUUUGAAAAGUAGCUGUUUCAAGGCAUACCCUGCAUGAGUCAGUUGAUGACGUCACUGGGCUUUCCCUGGUCACGUUUUCACGUGUAAAUUGGCGUUUCCUGUCAUUGAGGGAUAUUGCGAUAUUGAAAGGAUAUUUACAAAUAAAUAUUGCGAAAUAGACGAGUUGUUAAGGUUUUAAUUUAAUUCUAACUUUCUUUUCAAAUCAUUACUUUUUGUACAAAACAUUCACUCAACAAGUACAACUGAGGGAAUUUCGCACAAAGAAAACGUAGACACGAGGAAGAUUUUUGAUUGGACGGGCACCUGUUCGAUAAAUAACUGAAUGGUAGACUGAAAGAUGUCGGGUCAAGGUCGUAGGAAGCGACCCCCUGGAUUAACUAUUCAGAAGAUACCUGAACCUCAACCAGCCACACCUCCAAGAGAUCUUGAUUCAAAAGCUACAAUCAGAAUAGAUGAAAAGGAAUUUGAAAUUGAGGCAAAUGACUUGGAGUUUAUGUGCACACUUGGCCGAGGGGCAUAUGGCGUGGUGGAGAAAGUUAGGCAUAGGCAUACAAAUACAAUUAUGGCAGUUAAGAGAAUAACAGCCACAGUUAAUACGAUGGAACAGAAGAGAUUGUUGAUGGAUUUGGACAUAUCAAUGAGGAGUGGAUCCUGCCCAUAUACAGUCACAUUUUAUGGUGCACUCUUUAGGGAGGGAGAUGUAUGGAUUUGCAUGGAGGUGAUGGAUGCAUCAUUAGACAAAUUUUACCAAACAGUUUACAAUAAUGGUCAAAGUAUACCAGAAGAUGUCUUAGGCAAAAUCUCAUAUGCUGUUGUAAAGGCCUUGGAUUAUCUACAUACAGAAUUACAUGUUAUACAUAGAGACGUUAAACCCUCAAAUAUUUUAAUAAAUAGAAAAGGACAAGUAAAAAUCUGUGAUUUUGGAAUUAGUGGUUACCUCGUAGAUUCUGUGGCUAAGACUAUAGAAGCUGGAUGUAAACCCUACAUGGCACCAGAAAGAAUAGACCCUCAGACAGGGCAACAGGGUUAUGAUAUUAAAUCUGAUGUCUGGAGCUUUGGAAUCACCAUGAUAGAAUUAGCCUCAGGGAAGUUCCCAUAUGCUGCCUCUCCUACUCCAUUUGAGCAGCUUAAACAGGUAGUCAAAGAUCCACCACCAAAAUUGCCUGUUGGACAAUUUUCGUCAGACUUUGAAGACUUCAUUGCUGUGUGUCUGAAAAAGUCUGUGGCAGAGAGGGCCAGCUACCAGAUGUUAUUGCAGCAUACAUUUUUACAGAAAGCAGAAAUAUCUGAAGUUGACAUGUCAAGUUAUGUGACUGAGGUGCUAAAGGACGUGAAAACAAAUGACGGAGCAUCAGGUCAAUGAUGCCAACAUAAUUAUAGUGUAGUGUUUUAAAUGAGAUCAUCUUAAUUAUAUAAGAUAGAAUAUAUUUAUUUUUGGAAUCAGUAUGUUAUAGUACAGUUUGUUAUACACACAAGAGUAGGACAUCUUGUUGUAGACUUUAUCCUAACAAGGAUAGGAGAUAAUGUAGCACUUUAAAGCCUUAGAAAUUCUAUAUAAUGGUUUGCUUUACUUACCUUUUGUGAUUCAUUUAAAGAGAGUUGUUUGGUAAAAGCUGAUUUUUUUCUGUUAUAAUAUAUACACACAGUUGGUUACACAUGGUUACAUUUCCUAUCAUGUCAUAACACCAUUUACUGUAAGGUUGAUACAUUGAAAGCAAUUUUUGAAAUGUAUGCAAACUUCUUCUGUUGUUUUUUUAUCCAUAUAUGUGUGUAAGAAUUAAAGAUGUUUAACAGUUUAUUUACUACAUAGUGUGACUGUUAUUUUAUUUCUGGGUAUGUGAUUUUAUGCUUGAUAUGUUAAAAAUUAUAUAUAUAUCAACAUUUGUGUGUGAAUGAAUGGAGAACAUAUGUAUUGAAAAUAAUAGCAUUCAGGUAGCAACCAUUUUCAUUAUACAAAAAUUUUCCUUCAACUGUUUAUUGAUACUUGUUAAGUUUGAUUCUUAAAAUAUAUGCCAUGAAACAGCCCUAAACAUCUUAUGUUACCAGUGUUUUUUCUGCUAAUAUAAGAGAAUACAAAUGUAAAAUAUGCAGUAAUAUAGCUCUUUAAUAAUGCUUUACUUCUAAUAAAGCUCAUUUUGAAUAAUUACUGAAUCGAUGUUUAUGCCCAAACACAAAAUUAUAAAUUUUAUAAUGUACAUGUAUAAAUCUGAUAAGGCCCAACCUUAGGUUUAUUUGAUUGUAAAAUAAAUGGACCUUAAGGCCCCAUUCUUAGCUUAUUCCGGCUAAAGUGGGAAAAAGUCAAUUUUCAAAUUUUAACACAAAAGUUUGAGCACAAUGUGCAUUGUUAUGAUUGUUUAAUGAUUAUUUUUAGGUUUUUUUUUUUCAAAUUAGUGUUAUUAAAAUGUGUAUGUAAAUGAGGUACACUUUACUUGUUCCUGACAGGGAACAAAAUCUGAUGAACACUACUGAGCAGUUUGGAAAUAAGAUUUAGUUAAAAUUGUUAGACAGCUUCUUGAGAAAUUCCAGAAGAACAGAUUUUUUUUCUGUCCCAUAGAAUGUGCAUGGGGCUUGUCCUACUAUGCAAUCAAUUCUUUUUGAAAAAAAGUUUCUAAAAGUGAAAAUUUUAGGAAAAAUACAGUUGUGCAAUUCUUUUAUUUCAUUUUUGGCUUUUUCGAGUUUGAAUAAUAAUUUUAUACUCUACAUGAUAGGAUUUUAUAAGACACCAUAUAUCAAUUUGGCAUUAGAGAACGCCAGUAGAACAGAAACUUUCUUAUGCUUGUACAAAAUCUUUGCCUGCUCAAUGUCAACAAGGUUGGGAAAUAAAAAAGAGUGGUUUGGUCAAAGGUUUUGAAUUCCGUGCUCGAGAUAUGACCAUAUUCCAAUAUUGUUUUUAAUUACCUCAGAUCAUUUGUUGUGUGAAAUAUCAAGUUCUAUUGUAUCAUCACUAGAUCAUCACUCUAUUGUAGUAAAAGAAUGCUCACAGUUAAACUGAUUCAUUACCGGACCUACUGGUUCAUCUGAUGUAGAUUAAAUAAUAUUCUAAUACAAUUUAAUUGUUAAAUUACUAUACUUAGCUCUAUGCUGAUUCAU